AUGAAAUAUGUUCGAUUUCGAGAUCUUCUUCAGCCUGAGCAAACUAAAAUAGACGAGUUAUUGAACACAAUUCUUUUAUCACUCUCAUCAUCAAAGUCAUUGGUCCAUGAAAAUAUCUCAGCACCAUCUCAGCACCACUCUAUAAAACUAACUGUUGCUGGUGCCACUGAAGAAACAUCUAGUCUUCGUCCAUUCAAUCAAUGGACACCCGAGAGUAAUGAUGUUGCCGCAUGGUUUACACAACAUCGAAUAUCGAGUAAACUUCGUGAUUUAUUCGAAUUUCAAACAACUAAAGAAAUGAUUGACUACGGUGAAUUGCUGAUUAAAAAUCGUGAAAAACAGAUGAAUAUUUAUACAAAAAUAUUUGCUGAGAAAUAUUAUGGUAGUGAAAUGCCUCCACACGAAUUUUAUCGAUUUGCAACAGCCUUGGAAGAAUUAGUUAAAGAUAAACGUUCUUCUUCAUCUUCUGCCAAUAAAAACUCAUCGAUACCAAUCAAAUCGAAUACCUGUGUUAUUUUGUAA